UAGCAUCUGGAAUUUGCACACAAUUAAGCUCAAAUCAAAAGUCCCUUUGCAUACUAUCUAUCACUUAUCAGUUAUCACAAAGCAAAUUCAUUAAGUCUUUUGCCAUGGCCUCCAACAGCUGCUUCAUCUUGGCUUUUUUCAUUGCUAUUUCCUUCUCAUGCAUGGAUUUUGGCCUAGCAGCUCGCCAUCUUAUGCAAACAAGUACUGCACCAAAUUUGCCUUUGCCAAAACCAACAUUGCCACCUUUGCCUUCACUUCCAACACUGCCUCAGGGCAAUGUUCCACCUUUGCCUACAAUCCCAUCUCUUCCAACCAUUCCAACUGUUCCACAGGUCACUCUUCCACCACUUGCUGCCACUUUACUUCCAAACUUCCCCACAGUCCCAACCACUAUUCCUUCCUUCCCCUUCUUCUCCCCACCACCUUCAGCCACCACUCCCUAAAUGAAGCUACUCUGCUUAUUGGAUACAUAGGCACUCGUAUCCUUGGAGUUUGGUUCUGGCUUUCAGUGAUCGUUGGCUGCAUUUCGUGUUGUUUUUAUGUUAUACAUGUGAUGGUGAUAUAUAUUGUACGUUGUCCAUUUAUUGCCGGGGAAUAUUUAUAGUAAUCUUUCAUUUUCCUUUGUUCUUCCAUCUUGUAUUGUAUGGAUAGGAUUAUUGUUUUUUCUUCCUCCUCCUUACUUCAUGUACUUGGGGAUCAUCUAUUGUUAUAGGAUAUACGCUAUAUAUAAUAAAUAAUCCAUGUUCCUUAAUUAUAUAAA